UAAAUGUCCCGUAUGACAUGCAACAUUUUCACCCUUUAUUCACCCAUGGACAACAUAUUUUUGUUGGUUGUUCUUUUUGAACAUGAAGCAAAUUGAAAUUCCUUGUUUGUUUAGACAGCAAGUUGAAAAUAAUUGUAAAAUGGAUGAUUUUCUAGCAUGGAAUGGCCCAUUAGCACUACAUGUAAUUUUCAUAUCACACAUAUGUUGGAUCUUAUACAGACAGAGUAUACAUGUAUGUAUAUAUGAUCAGAGCAGGAGGGGGUAGGAAAAUGAGAUAUUUCUUUAUAGUGGAGGUAUGGAAAAAAUAUUAGUAAAUUAUCGAGCAAGACCUCUAUUAUCUCUCGAGUUUUCUUUUUGAAAAAGCACCCUCAAUUCUGAUAGAACAGAUAAAACAGAAAUCAAAUUAUACAGAGUAUUGAAGAAUAAAGUCAGUAGUCUCAAUCCAGACAAACCUAUAACCAACAAUUAUUAAAUGUGUUUAAUGUGAAACCUCGGUCAAAUCCAUGAAUGAGAGACUAUAAAAUCAUGACAUCAUGAUAAUAAUCAUUGUUGUUGUACUUUGGUCAUAACCCUGGUAAUCAAACGACAGUAAAGAUUGCUCAAGUACUACAUCUAGAGGCAGCGCGCCCAGUAUCCCAUCAGUUAAGGGGAAACCAGUUCGUGCGGCAGGUUUCCGUUUUCCGGACAUCCUCUGUUGGGUGCAAUCUCCUGGUCUCUUUAAAACCAAUUGUCGCCGAUCCACAAUGGCACUAAAACAAAAGUGGAAAUGCCAUAGGAGUGUUCCUUACAAGUUAUUCAUCCGUGAUUAGUGGAGCACCACGAGUGCUCCACUAAAUGUUCCUGAUUUUAGAAGAUCUACUCAAAAAUUAUAUCUUCUAAAGAACUUGCAUACUGAACUUCUAGUGAGAUCAGUCAGUCAUUAAUGAUACCUCUACAGCCUCUUGUAAAGGACUUCCAGCAAGUGAUCUUUGUGUUAGACUUUACAAGAAACAUCACAGAUUUAGUGUUAAUAUCUACCUCUCGUCUGCAAUUUAGCUUAUUUUGUUACCGACAAAUUUGCAGCAGGAAACCGAACUACAGGUUUUGCUCAUGAACUUUGCUGCUAGUCAACAGGAAUUUCCUUUUCUGUAUUAACAUUGCUCAAUUUUCUUUUACAUUUUGAAAGCCAACAUUGUUUCUGUUGAUCCAUAUACAGCAGUAUUACCAGUAGAAAGUGGAACUCUAGUACAGUUGGAAAGUGAUCUAGUAUACUUUAACAACUUUGGAACUUUUUGUUGACAUUUAUAUUUCUCCAUAUGAUACUUCAUUGUACUGAAAACACAUUCUGAAAUUGAAUCAACAUUUAGUUUGAAGAUUAGCAGAGAUUUCACUUGUGAACUUUAUUCAUAUUUUGCACUAAUUUUGCCUUCAGUUUUCUUGAAACCUGCAAAUCAUUCUGCUAUUGGCACUUGCGGGAAGAAGAGAAGUCACUUGCUCUACCACAAGCAUUUUGUGAAGGGUAAAAUAUCUUGGUUGUGGCAUCUGUUUUACCCACAUUUCAACCCAUUUUCUGGAAAGCCAAAUAAAGUGAACACACAAACAUAUGCUGAAAACUUUUUAAUCUUAGAGCUCAAGAUCUGAUUGAAUCCGUCACCUGCUCUCUGCAUCUUUAUUCUCCUGCAGAAUAUGUAGAUUUGCAGUUUGGAACAGGUGCUUGGUGUACACUCCUGAUUCACGUCCUGUUGCUCUGCUAACAAAAAAGAAUAUUUUUGACCUGGAAAUACUGUUCUUCUAAUUAUGACCAAGUUCAUUAUUCAACUUGAAGCAGGACCUCAUUAUUGAUGUAAUCCUGAAAACUGAAGAAGCAUUUUUGAAAUCUUCUGGAGUGAGGAACCUGGAAACAAGCUCUAGUACCCACCCAUUUAAAUACGGGUCAAUAUUUCAGAGUCACUCCAUCGUACACCAAAUUUGCUGUAGGAGGUGUCCACUCUUCUGAAAAUGCAAGAACAGAUAGAUCCGUUGACAGUUACUAUUGAUCCAGUCUAAGGCUGGUUCUUGAUUGUGAUGGAAUACCCCGUAACCGAUCUCAGUAUGAAAGAUGAAUGGGAUUUCAUUAACUCCUAUCUUUAUGAUUGUCUAGAGAUAGGAGAACUGAAUUCAUUAUGUGGUGAUCGUGUGGUGCAGAUGACCAAGACAUACAAUGACAUUGAUGCAGUUACUAAACUACUGGAAGAGAAAGAGAAGGAUUUGGAACUUGCAGCGAAGAUUGGUCAAUCUCUCCUGCAACAGAACAAGCAACUUGAGGGUCGAAUUGAAUUAACGGAAGAGAAACUCACGAUCAUCGCAGAUCAAAAUACCCAAUUCAGACAUGACUUGAAAUUGAAAGAUGAGCUACUCAAUAUCUAUACCAAUGAUGUGGAACAAAGUGACUCUGAAGAUGAAAGUGUAUGGAAUGAAAAGGGGAAGGGGAGUAUCCAAUCUAAAUACAUCAACAUUGACAACCUUCAGAAGAAGAUAAAGAAUCUUGAAGAGGAGAAUCUUCAUCUUAGGAUAGAGACUGCUGAGCUCCGAACCACGACCUCAAACAUUGAAGAGAAAGAAGAAGAACUUGUUAGGGAUUGCUUUAGACAGCUAAGUGAUGCCCGUGGGACAUGUGAGAUCCUUACAGAUGAGCUGAGUAAGAAGUUUGAAGAGAAUAUGAGACAACAAGAAGAGAUAACUUCUCUCUUAGCCCAACUUGUAGAUCUACAACAAAAGGUCAAAAAGUUAUCUGUUGAGAAUGAGGAGAUGAGCAGACAUCUAACAGCUUCAAAAGAAGCACAGCAAGACCUAGUCAAAGAUUUGAUUGAGACAAAAGAAAAGUAUGACGAAGUGUACACCAUGUUUCAAGAGGCACAGGAGACGGCAAAGAAAUCUAAUCGCAGUUCUAUGUCCCACGGCGGCAUCGGCUUUGGCACCUACUUAAACCCACUUCCAGUCUUCCCUGCCGAUUCCUUAGCUGCUGAGCUGGUGGAUUGUGUAGAGCAAAGAUUAGAGAAAGAUCCUCACCUCUCAAAGAAAGGAAAAAGGGAAUACAACAAGAAUGUGAUGAAGACAGUGAAGGUUGUGAAUAAGAGAAGUCAUAAUAGUCCAGGCUCAGGUUAUAGCAGUGAUUUCUAUAGCCGUCCAGUCUCUCCAUCUAGCUCUGUAAUCUCUCUGGUUGGGAGUGAGAUGUAUGAAGGUGAUAGUGAAAGUAUCAACAGCUCACAUGGCUCCGGACUUCAUCCUCCCGUAUCCAGUAUCCCAGGAUCCAACGACCUCGCGACCGCUCUGAGACGUCUCAAACUAAGACGAGAGAAUGAGACUGCAGAGAGAGACUAUGCUGAGCUUCACAUGAACUCACCUACCUGUCCUAGCCCUGAUAGUAUGUUAUCAGGAUUGUCUGGAUCAACGGUGCCGAUAGGUGGUGCAGGAGGAGGCCAGUCGUUCAGGGCAUACAUGCCUGAGAAACUACAGAUAGUCAAACCAAUGGAAGGAUCUAUGGCCCUACACCAUUGGCAGCGCCUUGCAACCCCUCACAUAGCCAGUAUGUUAGACUCCAGACCAGGUGUAGUCGUCAAAGGUUUCAGAGAGAUUGAUACCAGAAGAGAUAGUUUCUUGGAUGAGAUAGAGGACGAUGGCUGUGUCCAAAGUGCUACGUACCCAAGUAAAGGUUUUGCUCACACCAGUAGUACAUUCACAUAUACCACAAGUAGGUUAGGACAGACAGGUGACACCUUUAUGACUUCACGCAAUCCUGCUGGUACCAGGAUGACAAUAGACCUUCAAGAAGAGACCUUCCCUGGUGUAUACGAUCCUCCACCCGGUGCGUCUCUUGGUCUUGCUUCAGUCCUAGCAACCCCUCAGGUCACAAGUGGUUCAGCUGUCCGUCUCAAGGCAAGCCAGACUGGAGCGGUAGGUGGUGCCAAAUCAAAGCGGUCCUCCGUUGGUCUUAACUUUCUAUCCACCAGCCCUAACUCAGAGAAGAAAGCAGAGCUUGAUGUGGAAGCUCCGUCAGGAGUCCACAAGGUCUCUGGUCAGAUCUUCUCCAGGAAUGCUUCGCCUAUGAGCUCCAUCAGCAGCGGGAUCAAAAUCCUGGAUCCGGACACAAAGGCAAGACUGAUGGAAAAGGUGAAGAGUAUCAGAGCAGAGAAGGCAGCACAGAAGGCAACAAUGCAGCGUCAACUAUCAGUGACUACUAAUGCAGUGAUGCUUGCACCCUCCUUGGCUGUUAGUAUUCCUAGGACGACAGUGGGAUUGGGUGGGAUGAUGAUGUCUUCCAGCACCUCUGCAUCACCUAGAAUGUCAUCAUUCACCACUGGGUCUGUAGUGCCAUCAGCGAAUUCUGGCCUGAAUGCAAUGUCAUCAAGUGCAACCCCAAGAAUUGUAGGAGGACCAUCUAUGAAUGUGGGUCUGAAUGAAAUGAUGAUGUCUUCAAGUUCAAUGCCUAGAAUGUCAUCUCAGGUUGGUGCACCUAAUGGGUUAUCUUCAUCCCUUGGUGGCAUGGUAAUGUCCUCAAGCACCACACCAAGGAUGUCAUCAUUUAGCAAUGGGUCUGUUGCAAGUGGAGCUACACCAUCAGGUAGUUUGUCUUCAACUUAUGGAACUUUGCCAGGUGCUUCAACAACAUCCAUCCCAUCAGGUGCAACUACUGGUGGUAGUUCACACCUAUCAAGCACACCAGCUUCAUUUCCUGGAGGACUUAUGUCACCUGGUUCCUCGUUUCCUCCCAUCCUUGGUCAGUCUAGAGGAUUAGCUAGUCCAAUGUCACUUCUAGCAUCUAGCCGACCUGUUACUGCAACAACCUCAUCUACUGAGACUACCACAGCGGGUCUAGGACAAGCUCUAGAACCUUCUGGACUUGGCACAGUCUUGGGCCUCUUAGAUAGUCCCAAAGCAAAGACAGUAAUCACAAAGACCAAGACUAAAGUAGGAAUGAAGAAGCUUUAGCAUCAGGAAUUGAUAUUCGACAAGAACAGAAAAUAAUUUGAGCUAUUAUGACCAAUUGUGUAUUAUCUUCAAUGAUGUGUCAAAGAUGAAAUGGAUAUUUUCACUCUCAGCUGUCAGAAUUGAUUGCAAUGGCAUUAUUGC